AUGAGUACAACCAAUAGAAAGUUUGUGAAUCAUAUCAUUAGAAAUGUAGUUCAACAGAAUAGUAUACCUGAUGGUACUAUGCCAUCCGCCGAUGCCCAAUUCAAUCUCAACAAAUACUUUGAUGAUCCAAAUACUGUUGAUUUAGUUUAUUUAAAUAUGAUGGAAAGAGUUAGAAAUGAGAAAUCACACUAUGAACAGGUACUAUCAAGAAUAUUGAAACUUGUAAAGAAUAAUAUAGCACUGCAUCCACCAUCUCUUCAAAUACUGUUGGAUCUCGAUACUUUUUGUCUUGGUAUUACAUCCUCUAGUAUAUUGUUACAAAAGUCAAUAACAUAUAUUAGAGCAUUGAUUGCAAAUCAAGUUAAACAACAUCCAAACUAUGUAAAUGAUAUGGGAAUGGGAGGUAAGAAUGCGGGGUCGACUGGGAUUGGGUCGAGUACGGGAUCAAUGACAGACCCGAGUACGAGACGGGCCAACAAUGUAGGGCUGUUGCGUACACGUAGUCAAUCGGCAUCGACGACGAUUGGCAGUCCUCGAGACCAAGACAUAGCAAAUUCCCUUCAACCACGUACAUCACUAGACCUCACUAAUAUGCUACAACAACCUGCUGUCACGACAACUACAACUACCAAUUCGAUUUCAUCCUCUGCAUCCUCUUCACCACAAUCUGCCAAUGAUUCACCUAUACGUACGACUUUAUUGAAUCAUAGUAAUGGUGGUGUUGGAGGUGGUGGUGGUGGCGGUAGCAGUGGUCACAACAUCAACAACAAUUUAACAUCUCCCAACUUGGCAUCAUCAGCACCCAACAACCCCAUCUCAAUCUUGCACGAUCUUCAACAAGCACCUCAACUCACCACGUCGACUGCAUCUGCGCCGGCUGGUAUUGGAUCGGUUCACCACACACUCCAUCAUCCACAGUUGCUGGGUGUCUCGAAUCUAGCCGGUACUCUUAGAGAUAGCAACGCAUCGAUAGCGUCGAGUAGCAACACUGUAUUUUCAAGUAGCAAUGGUUUCUCCACCUCCCCAACCCUCUUACGAAGAGCAUUCAAUGAAGAUGGUUAUAUUUGUGAUCUAAUGUCAAUGAAAACAAACAACAUCAAUAUCAAUCAAUCUUCUGCUUCAUCUUCUUCUUCCUCUUCAAAACAAUCUCCAAAAAUCCAAAGCUUAUUAACUCAUUCUCCAUUUGGAGGUAUGAAAUCAAGUGAAUUAAAAGGAAAAGAAUUGUUUAAAUGUCCUGAUGAUUCAGUCAAUUCUCAAUCAAUUAAUAUUGUACAACAAGCAAAAAAGAAAGCGGAACAAAAAGAUUUAACUUUACAAUUCACAUUGAGAAGAAGAAAAGCACCAGCAUUGUUCCAAUACAAGUAUUAUAGUGAACAAGAACCUCUAAAGAUUAAAGAUACUGAAAAACAACAAGUUUUAAAAGUUAUACUUAAUCCUGCAACACCACAAGAUAGAUCAAUUGCAACUAAAAUAUUUAUUAAAAUAAUAUCUGAUAUUUAUUGUAAAAAUGGAGUAGAUGGAGAAAAGAUCAUUUUUGGUUAUUUAAAACAAAUAUUAGAGAGUCCAAAUCGUGAUACAAGAAUCCAUCUCUUUAAUAUUAUAUUUAAUCUUUCAGUACAUGUUAAUAUUUAUAGCGAAUUAAGAUUAGAGGAUGGAACACAAGGAACUAUUGGAGAAUUACAAGAUUCUGUAUUCUCUCUACUUCGAGACUGUCUCAAUCAAAUGACCCAAGUUGGAGAAAAAGAUAAUGACGUUUGGGCAGAGGCUCUCAACUGCGUACUAGUUUUUAUCGUCGAACAAGGAAAUGUCAUUCGUCACAGACUACUCCAAUUAAAUUCUCAAAUCAUUGGUUGUUUUCUUAAAUUUAUUCAAGAUUCAAGUGAUCAAACUAAAAGAAUGUUGGUUAGAAUGUUAUGUAAUUUCUUAUACAAAGAAUCAAAUACAAAUUCAUCAUCAACAUCAAAUAUGUUUUUAAAUGAAGAGGAAUUAAACAAGAUUGGUGGAAUUGAUUUUAUUCUAAAUCUCUAUACUAGUAUCAGAUCAAACGAAGCUAAAAAUAAUUUAUUUGUUGUAAUAUUUGAUUAUGUAUUACAAACUGCUCUUAAAUCUCAAACUAUUGUAGAUACUCAAUUAACUCAAGAAUCACCAUUAUUAUUAGAAUUAUUUAAAAGAGCAGAUGCACCACAUUACUUUGUUCAAAUAUUUAAAUGUAUACCAGAAAAGGACUUUGUAUCGGAUUUCUUCCUUUUCACUUCCAAUGAUAGUGCCAAACACGAUGCAUCCUAUUCCUAUGAAGAUCUAAUUAUUAAAUUCACAAUGAAGAUUCGCGAACAUGCCAUCAGACAUCAAAUGGUAGAUCAACAAUGCGAAAAGUAUCUCGUACUUGAACAACAAGAUAGUAUAGAAAAAACAACCUCUCUUCUUUAUGAUUGGAUAACAAAUGAUGCUGAUGAAUAUUUAAGAUUUAAUGCUGAAAAUUGGUUAUUUAAUUUAUUAAAAAGAGUAUUAAUUGAUAAGGAUAAUAAUGCAAAUAUUAAUUUUUCAGUCAAUCUAUUUGUACAAUUGGCCAGUCAUCCAAAUCCAAAGGUUAGAAAGGUUUAUAUAUCGCUGACUGAAAGAUUGAUUUUAAUGUCAAAGUACAAACUAAAGACUGGCGAAACAAAGAGUCAAGAAGUCUUUGACAUGUUAAACGAAUGUAUACUUAGAAUCACUGCCUCUGGUGAAAAGGAUGAAAAUAAUCUAUUAACUAUAAAUGAUAUCAUUUUUGAUAUGAUUUAUAGUCGCAAUGGAACAAAACAAUUAUAUAUAAGAGAAUCAUGGGCACCAGAUACCAAUUUUUCAUUAUUUUUAAAGAAUCAAUUUAUAAUAUCAGCGCCAUUAUUAAAAUCGAUCAACAUUAGUAUUCUUCAAUAUCUUUUUAAUAAUAUUAGUCCAAUUGAAAGAUUCAGCGAACAAAGAUUGGUAUUGGUUCAUCUUUUGAUUCUUCGUUGUCAUGAUCCAGAAGAUUUGGCUCGUGUUGGAGGUAUUGGAUUUUUCAAGAGUUUAUUAAAUGAUUCUUGUACUCAAAUUGCCUAUCAUUCCAGUUACUUUUUAUUAACUCAAUUGGAAUCUGAAAGUCCAGAACAAUAUAGAAGCAUUUUAACUCGUUUACUUUCAAAGGCUCGUGAAAACAAUGAUGAAAAUCUCAUUUCAAAUCCAUUCUUCCAAGUACAAGGAAUCAUAGAAAUGACUCAUAAAGCUUCCUAA